UUCUUAUUUGAUUCUGUAUCCCCAUAUCUAUUUUACAGUUGUUUGUUCCAAUUUUUGAAAGUUACUCUCUUAAGGUGUUGCGAUCGUCUAAUGACAAUCUUGAUCAACAGGAACAGCCAAUCCGAGGAAAAUGCAUGUGCUGCAAUAGGUAAUAGUGAUUAAUAUCAAGAAUAUAAUAGUGAUAUGCGAAACAAAGAACAACUGAACGGUAGCAUGAAUUUUUGAUCCUGCUCUUUUUUCAGUGAAUUAAAGUACCCUUGCUCUGCAACCCGCUUUCGAUGUCCCGUUUGUGAUACUGUCAAUGAUUUGAAAGCACAUCUUAAAUUAUCAUCAACAUCGCCAGUGAUAAUGGCAGCUGACCUCAAUAAUCAACCAUUUACAUUAAAAGUAUUGAAGAAGAUAUACCAUGAUUGCCGACAGAAAGACAAAUCUGCUAUCAAAACUUCUCUUUCAACAAGGCCUGAUAGGAAACUAACAGCAUUGAAUGAGAAAGAUCGAGAAAAGUUGUAUGAACCUGUGGAGAAGUUGGUAGAAGCAGUUUUCAGUAGCUGGAACUACUUGAAUAAAAGCUUCCCUAAGCCAAUUCAAGAAAACGAUAUCGAUAACGGAAUUUUUCUCGAAGAAGUCAAAGAUGCGUACAAAUUGAUUAUGCGUAUGCCUGUCAACGUGAUACGUGCUAUGAUGCUAGCUAUCGAUAAACUAUUGAAGCGUCCAUAUGUACCUUUGAAAAAACUGAGCGAUGUCCGCUUUCUAUUAAUCAUCCUGGAGAAUCCGUUAUUAGCGCAGCAUACUUUUCCGGUAGAAACAAAAUUGCAUCAUAAUCUUCUAAAAAGAGUGUUUGGGUUGCUAAGCUGUUUGAACAAUAAGUGUCAUCAUGGUCUGGUUAGAUGGUUUGCCAGUUAUCCAACCGUUUAUUUCGAAGCAAAGAUGGAUCUAGUGCAUGCCUUCUUAAGCCAACGCAUCUCUCGAGCUAGAAAAAGUCAAUUAGCACUGCCAGGUGCUUAUGAAUUAGAUUGGAAAUUAGUGAGUGCAGCCAGAGUGAUGGCAUUACUAUUUGCUGCUAACAAUCAGUCCAAUAAAGUGCAUAUCUCCAACUUUUACAACACGAUGGCUGACUCUAUUAACUUGAUGGGUGAUUUUGAGUCGUGGCAAAGUCAAAAACCAGGCAGCAAAAAAUUUGCUUUUUGCCAAUAUCCCUUUUUGAUUAGCAUGGGCUCCAAGAUGAAAAUCGUUGAAUCGGACGCGAAACGACAGAUGGAAACAAAGUGGCGAGAAGCCUUCUUCAAUAUGCUGUUUCAUCAAAAGGUCUCUAAUCCUUAUCUCCUUUUACGAGUUUCACGCCAUAACUUGAUUGAAGACUCCUUACGUCAGCUGGCUCAAAAUGAAUCGGAUCUGAAAAAGUCGUUACGGAUAGAGUUUGUUGGCGAAGAAGGGGUGGAUGCUGGAGGGCUCCGUAAAGAAUGGUUUUUGCUGUUAGUACGGUCACUGUUUGAUCCUCAGUAUAGUAUGUUUACAUUUUUUGAAUCAAAUUUGUGCUGGUUCAAUCCUGUGAGUUUCGAAACGGAGGAUCAGUUCUUUCUGGUAGGAGUCGUGCUAGGAUUAGCCAUUUAUAACUCAACUAUUCUCGAUGUUCAUUUACCGACGGCGUGUUAUAAGAAACUGUUGAAUUUACCGGUGGGUCUUUCUGAUUUGAAGUCGUUUCGGCCGGCUUUGGCAAGAGGUUUGGAAAGUUUGCUGGUCUUUGAAGGAGAUGUGGAGAACACGUUUUGCAGAUCGUUCGUGGCCGAAGUAGAAGCUUUUGGUGAGCGACAAUGUGUGCCAUUGGUACCUAAUGGAGAUCAGAUUAUGGUGACACAAGAAAACAAGCAGGAGUUCGUGUCGAUUUAUGUGGACUUCAUGUUGAACAAGAGUGUAGAACGGCAAUUUGGUGCCUUUAAACGAGGAUUUUAUCAUGUUUGUGGUGGCAAUGCUCUUUCUCUAUUCCGGCCGGAAGAAAUAGAAUUACUGAUUCGAGGCAGCGACGAACCUUUAGCCAUAGAUGAUCUGAAGGCACAGACAGAAUAUAUAGGGUUUGAUGAGAAUGAAGAAACAAUUGUGAAUUUCUGGAGUAUAGUAAAAGCCAUGAGACCAGAAACACAGCGUAAACUUUUAAUGUUUGUUACUGGAAGUGAUCGUAUUCCAGCCACAGGAGCCACUCAAAUGCAUUUAACAAUUAUGUGUGGGAACAAUGGCGAUAGUGAUAGACUGCCUUCUGCUCAUACCUGUUUUAACCAACUGAUUCUAUACAAAUAUCAUACCAAGCAGAAGCUUCAAAGAAUGCUUUUCAGAGCCAUCGAAGAAAGUCAAGGAUUUUAUGUCAAAUAGGUUGUUUCUUCCUUUGUUAAAACAUAUAUUACUACAAUCCUGGUUUUAAUUGACCCAAUAUUGUUUAAAUAAGUUAUACUACUUAUACAAAUCAGCAUGUUCCCCAUUAUG